AUCCCCAAUAUCUUUAUCUUCCUUGCCCGGGGAAUACUUUUGAGUUUUACGACUUAGAGUUGAGACGAAGCAAUUUGAAGACAUACUCAGAUCCGAGUGCUUUCCUAGUUGAUCAAGUGGGUCCAAAUAAUAUGUCCCAACUCUCUUUCUUCGUGAGAGGAGAGUUUUCCAUAGAAGUAACAUGGUCUAUCCAAAUCAAUUUGCUCAAUUAUCUUACUAGCUGAUGGCCCAUCUCUACGCACUCCUUAAAUUACGUCUGCUUACUUCUGAAAUCCCUUUUUCAUUUGGAUUAGGUGGAGACUAUGCUAGACAGAUUAUUCAAGUGCUUUUGUCUUCAUUGCUGAUGCUGCUAGCAACGACCUUGCAAAUCUUUCUGUUGAUUUGUCCGGUCAUUUUAGUUGUGCCUGGACUUUUAUUUCAAGCCCCAUUCGCACGUCAGAAGGGCCAGUUAGUCUUCUGCAAGUUGCAUCCAACUAAGGACCACUAAACAAACUUGUAUAUAACAGCAGAGAGAUGCUUUUAACCCACCCCGAUCCGGACUCGUUACAGGACUUCUGCGUCGGAGACUUGAAGGCUGCCAUAACUAUUAAUGGCUUCCCCUGCAAACCUGCCUCAGAAGUAACCCCAGAUGACUUCUUCUUUGAUGGCCUGAGCAAAGAAGGCAAUACAAGCAAUCGAUAUGCUUGGAGCCUGACUCCUGGAAACGUCCUCAGCUUUCCGGGGUUGAACACGCUGGGGAUUUCGAUGAACCGCGUCGAUUUCGCUCCUGGCGGACUUAAUCCGCCCCACUCGCACCCUCGUGCGACCGAGUCCGGGGUCGUCAUCAAGGGGAGGCUCCUUGUCGGAUUCACGACCACCAGUAACGUGUUCCACUCCAAAGUGCUCACCGCGGGUCAGAUGUUUGUGGUUCCAAAAGGGUUGGUGCACUUCCAGAAAAAUGUUGGGAAAGGGAAGGCCCUUAUCUUCACAGCCUUCAACAGUCACUUACCCGGGUCGGCGGUUCUUCCUAUGACACUAUUUGGCGCGACACCCGCCAUCCCAAACGAUGUCUUGACGCAGGCUUUUCAAGUUGAAGAAGAGGUGGUCAAUGAGAUGAAAGCCAAGUUCAGCACUUGAAAGCCAACUCAGUACCAGGAAAGAAGCCAGCCGGCCUCUUGAUCUCAAGAUUACGGAUUUCAGAAGAUUAAAUUGUGUUUAAUGCACCGUUCUGCUCAGACAAAUUCAUUCUUUGGGUAAUGCCGGCGAAAACCCACGGAUCAAUUUGCCGGUCUCACUUGGCAGUUCAUAUCGUUAUUUUUUUUAUUUUAUCAAAAGCAUGUAGAAGUUAUAGAGAUUUGGAUGAAAUAAAGUAAGUGGCAAAAUUUUAAGAAAAA